AUGGCGCUGCGCAGCUCAACGGAGAUGUUUGAUGAGGCCCGCCGCAUCGGCCAGCAGCUCCAGGUCGAUUUCGAUCGCUACGACCGCCGACAGGAGAUUUUUCGUAAGAAGUUUGCCGCGGAGACGCGCAAGCAGCACCAAGGAAUCUGCGAUGGCGCCGUCACGAACAGCGCGAUCUCUUCCAGUGUUGCCGCGCUGUUGUUCUCGCAGCAUGAUGAAAAUUCUCAAGAGAAAGACGACGAUGAUAUCAAUAGCCGCAGCAAUAGCAGACGCUCACGCGGUUCGAUCAAUGCAGGCACUGCGAGGCGGGGAGUUACCACCGACAAGGACAAGCACCCUGACGUAUUUCGUGCUCUUUCGAGCUUCUACAACCCUCCAGACGCGGCGACUGAUGUGGUGUGCGAGCUAUGCUUCGGCUUUCGAAGCGCCACGAUGGUCCAGCCCUUGCCAACACCCUGGAUAGAGUACUGUGAUGAAACAACGGGGAAGCACUACUUCUACGACUCAAGCACGCGACAAGUCCGAUGGCACCCGCCACCAGCUACCGAUGCGCUUAGUGUGCUGGUGUUUGAGCGUACUAACUCGAUUUACACGGUCUGCCACUGCAUUCCAUCCAACGAGCGACGGCGACGGCUCAUGCAGAAGUUCCGGGAACACGCAAUGCAAAUGGCAAGAGAAGAGGUCGAAAAGCGCGACCGUCAUCUCCGUGGCGCCUUCAUUUCCCUGGCCAUGUCACUAGUUCCAUUCUCCGGAGAGCCAAAACAGCAAUAA